AUGCCAACCGAUGGCCGAGCAGUCACAGCGCUAACGACGCCGAACGGUCGGUAUCGCUUGAGGACGCAUGAGCUGGCGCCUGUGCAAUUGCCAAGAGCUCGAGCGUCCUCUUCCUCUACGCCUGAUGGCUCAAAGGCAAAGGCGGAGGAACCCACGGCUAUAGCCCCCGCUCGCCCGCGCGUGUCGAUCACAGGAGUUGGCGCUACCCCUCGAGGUCGGGCGGUACUGGAAUCGGUUGCGUUCGACCCCUUCAGCCAGUCCGAGAGCUUCAAACUGCUGCUGCAGAACCCCGAGGCAAGCAGCAAACGACGAGAAGAUCCGGCUGCGGUGUCGGAGUUCCGGCAGUGGUUGCUGCAACACUUUCCUCAUCUCGUACGGACGCUCCAGUCGCUAUGUUUGAUCCAAGACAACAAAGCGGAUGGUGACGAGUCCUGGCGACUCAUGCUUCGCUACGCAACGGUGCGGUCUGCAGUGCCUGGCGAAGUAAUCGGGAGCCAAAACGUCACACGCAGCACGUUCGUGUACUUCCUGCUCAAUGGGCACUGCACGCUCUCGUUCCGCCCUAUGCUUUUACGAGACGCGAAGGUGCCUUCGACACCUUCAAGUCUCACUAGGAUACACGCUGCCAUGCUCGGGUGUAGUGAUCGCCCUGUCGUUCAGCUACGAGAACUUGUGGCAGGCGAUUGCUUUGGCUUUGAUGCUGCUGCAUUUGGAUUCAACCACCUCCUUACAACCGCAACGGCAGGUGCUGCUCGCCAGCGUAAUUUUCUCGGUCUGCGCGAGGUGGCUGUCACAUACGUGUUGUGCUUGCCGUACCAAGUCGCCCAACAGCUCCAAAUGCUCCAGUGCCGGCGUCAAGAGGGGACCGCUCGACUGCCACCCGCCUUCCCGUACUCUUUCGCCCCUGAAGCAGAGCUGUUUCUUCGCAACACGUUCCUAUUCCAAGCCAUGGCAGAUUCCUCGCGGCGCUUUUUAGCAGCGCACCUGCGCCCUGUUGUCGUAGCACGGCAAGAGUACCUCUUCACGCCAGGCCAGCCAGUGCAGGUUUUCAUCGUGAUCACCGGACAGCUCACCCUCGGAUCUCCUCGCGAGGAGCACGCGGGGAGGCGAGAGGAGGCAGAUCUAGAGCUGGAGCUCCUUCAAGCGCAUGAUUCAGUCGGGCUAACUGAGGCAUUGCAGAUGGCGACAUCUUUCGCGAGAUAUUGCGUUGUAACUUCGGCUAGUGGGGUACGAGCGUACUCGCUGUCUCCGACAGUCUUGCUCAUGGUUCUGACACAGGAGCCUUCAUCACUGAAACUGAUCCACGAGUGGAUCGCAAGCCGAAAGUCU